GUACCUUAGCGGGUGGCGAGGGUCGGCACACCGUGUUUACGUUUGGACAAGUCUAACAGCCAGCAAGUUCUCGUGGGAUUGCUCUCGGCUUGUAAAUAUGGCCAACGUCGACAGGUUGUAUGUGUUAUACAACAUAAUAGCAGACGCCAAAGACAAGGCAGGCGAGCAUGACACAGAGUUUGCAGAAAUACUGACUGGGGUGAAAGGUGGUACGGGAGAAAGACGACUCACUUCACAGUUUAUUGCACGCUUCUUUCAGUAUUUUCCAUCACAUCAGGAGCAAGCUCUAAAUGCUUUGUUUGAUUUGUGUGAAGAUGACGAGGUUACGAUUCGUAAACAGGCCAUUAAAGAUCUACCAACUUUGUGCAGAGGUCAUACAGAGUUGGUACCAAAGGUAGCAGACAUCUUGGCCCAGCUGCUGCAGAUGGAAGACCAGGCUGAGCUGGCAACGGUACAAAACUCCCUUGUCUCUCUCCUGAAAACAGAUCCUAAAGGAACGCUGACUGGGUUGUUUUACCAGAUUGAACAUAGUGAAGAUGAGAUAGUACGGGAGAGGUGCAUCCGUUUUCUUCAUACAAAGAUAAGGUCACUUGGGUCACAAGUUUUCACAUCGGAAGUUGAAACUCUCAUUCUCACUGAAGCAAAAAAGGUGUUGCAGGUAGCAUCAUCAGAAGAUGAAUUCACUUUAGUGAUGGGUAUCCUUCGAGAAUUAAAAACCUGCCAGACUGUGAAAGGUUACCAACAGUUGGUUGAUCUUGUGUCGGAGCAGGUGGACUUCACUCGGCCUCUGGACCCGUCUGAUGUGGAGAGUGUGCAUCGUCUAACAUCUUGCACCAAGCAGGCCCUGCCAUAUUUUUCAUCACAGGUGCGUUCUACUCAGUUUGUUGAGUACAUGUGGCGAGAAGUUGUACCAGCUCUUGACCACUUGGAGGGUGCUGUCACUGAUGGUAGUAACAAUGCUGCACUCAUCCUAGAUCUUCUCAAAAUUAUUGCAGAACUGGUUCCCCAUGCUGGCAACUUAGAAGAUAUAAGUGCCAAAAUUAUGGCCAUCUUCGACAAACUUUUGGAGGUGAUGCCACUCCCCCCAGAGGGAGAUGCUGCCACAGAAGCACUGGAGGGAGGAGUGAGCCUGGAGUUCUCUCGUGUGGAGUGUCUCCUCUUCACCUUCCACCAGCUGGCAAAGCAUAAUCCUGAAUUUUUGACUGAGGAUGCAGAUCGGUUGAAGGAUUUCAGGAUCAGGCUGCAGUAUUUUGCACGAGUUUCACAAGCAUAUCAGAAGCGCUUGAGAGAGGCAAUAGCUAACAAAACUGGUGAAGAACUGAAGACAGAAGAGAAUAAAAUCAAGCUCAUAGCUCUCAAAACUACAGCAAACAUCAACAUACUCAUCAAAGACCUUUUUCACCAGCCUCCAUCCUAUAAGGCAUGCAUUGCUCUUUCAUGGAAGCCAGCCUCUACGGCAGGGAAACCAAUGACAAAUGGAGCAGAGAAGAGGCACACACCCAUCACAUUUGAUUCCAACAGCCCCAAGAGUCACAAAGAGGAGCGUCCAAUUUAUGCUCCACCAAGAGACAAGUACAGUCAGAGAGCAGGCCAAUACUCUGGUACAAAUUUCCGAGGUCGUGGCAGGGGCCGAGGGAGAGGCUUCAACUACAGUUUCAGUCGAGGGUCCAUCUUCCGUUCAGGCUUCAGAGGAAGGCGAGGAGGUUUCAGGCCCUAUUAAUUAAUUAAGUGAUGGAAAACAUUCAGAAAAAACAAAAGUGAGAGAGAGACUUGGAAUGUAGAUAAGCAAAUUACAGUGGACCUAUAAACACUGAAAAUCAAAAACAUGCAAAAUUAUGCAGCAGACAUUUUACAGCACAAAGGCCUAUAAUUUUUUUUAAUGGAUUCUAAAGUUCUUGAAAGGGUACCUGAAAAAAAGGCAUCAGAAGUUUACUUUUGACAUUGGUUAAUUGCAGCUUUGUUGAGAAACAAUGUAUGUCAAAUUUUGUCUGACUUUUGUUUAUAAAAACUGCAAGUUGUAGCAACAUAUUAGGGCAAGACUGAAGCAAAAGUAACUUGGACAUUAACAAUAUUCAUAAGCCAAGAAGACACAAGACCUAUGAGCAGAUGGGAAAGAACAAAUCUAAUGAUUUGAUUUAUUAGUGAAGUAUUGAAAGCACCAAAUAUGAUCAGUUGAGAUCAUCUUAGUCUGUGAACUAAAUUAGAAAAUAAAUUAUAUAAUAAAUGACAGUAGGUGGCCAACUUGAGUAAUAUUGUGACUUGGUGAGGCGGAUGCUGCGUUUCUUAAUUUAGAUUAUACAGUAACACAUUGUGGUACAAACAGGUGGCUGAUUCCAAGAGACAGCACAUUUGAAAUUGGCAGACAUCUAUGCCAUUUGCAAAAUGCUUUUUUAAAUAUAAAUACUAACUUUGUGUUUGAUGGGACCAUGCUACUGCAAGUCUUUAAAAGUUUUAAAUAAUGUCUUAUGGUUUAAAUUUGUUCAAAAUCAUGCAAAGUACGUUUUUAAGUUGCAGCCAUAGCUUAACCUCUCCAGGCUUUACUGCUUAAGGUAGUAAACUAGACGUAGCAAUUGGUAGAGCAAGAAGUGUGUGUGUUCUAUUCUUGAUUUUUCUUGCUUUGGGGAACCAGCAAAGAUUAAGCUGGGUGUAGUGAUUGCAAGAAAUGUUGAUUAUAUAUAGUAAUAAUGACCAAAUUUUUAGUCUUACUCUUAAUAAUAGAUAUUACACCAAAAUCUUAAAAAACUUCUAUAUUGCUGUAUCAAUUUUUUCUUUUAUAUUGUAUGUGAUCCUUGGCCACCUACAUUUUGGAACUGCUCCUCGGCAUAAGGUUAAAUUGUAAAAAAACGGCAGACUUUUGGCAUUAUAUCGGCCUCUCUCAGCAUCAUUCAAAACGUGUGCCUCGGUUAAUAUAUAAUUUUGUGAAACUUUGAACCGACUGUUGGAAGACUUCAAGAACCAUAAGGAUUUUCUUCUCGUGUGGCAUGGCAGCUUGUUCUGCUAUACAGGAAGGUCCUUCAGCAGCUUCACGGUAUGUUUGUCACUCGUCAACUCCCUGCUGCAGAAACUGGCAACUCGUGGAUGAUGCAGUUUUUUUUUUCUCUGAUGACUUUGUGUGCAAAAUCAUACUCAGCUCGGCAUGUUUUGUUUUCAGGUGUGCUGUUGUUUGCAGGUUUGGUUAAGAAAUUGAAAUUAUACGGAGUUUGAAGACUAGUGACGAAUGACACAAUUGUUUUUGCCUUAUAUCCUUGGCCAUUUUUAAUUUCACUAUAAAUUGCAAAUUUUAAUAAUGAAUUUUACAGAUGCUUAGCAGUCGAUGCAGUUCAAGAAAGAGCCUUUCUGGCAAUAAAGGAAUCCUACUUUGAUUAUCCUUCAGCACAAUGCUGACAUUGUUUCUGUAGUGUUGUAAUUUGUUCAUAUUUGCCUUCAUUUCAGAUUUGUCAAGAUUGCUUUUAGUGUUCAAUUAAUAAAGCUUGAGCUGAUUUCCAGAUAUUCAUGCAAUCAGCGAUUUAUGCAAUGAUGCCAUAAUUGGUGAAACUUAAUGAAGUUUUUUCAGUAGACAGCUUCUCAUGGAUAUUUUAGCUGCUGAACAUUUUAUUACUUUUUUGUUUUAGUCUAUUGGUGGAUUCCUUGUUUGUUUUGGAGUGAGUCCUCGAAUUCAAGUCAUGAUUUCAAUUGGAUUCUUAUCCCAGAAGUUUCAUCUGGCUCGCUGCUUCUGAAAAUUCUCUGCAGGAUAGUGACCUCAUAUGGAAGUUUUCCCCAGACAUUUCAACUGCUCUCAGGUAGUAAAAUAUUGGAUGUGCUGACGAGUCUGAUCAUAUAAGUGUGUACGUUACUGGUGGCUUGCCCUGGAAAUAGGCAAGCGCACACCAGUGAGAGAAUAGAAGGAAAGUAUAGAAAUGGCAGACUUGAAAGGGAAACAAGGGAGAAAUUGAGCAGUAUUACUUGUUAAGUGAACAUGGCGUAAGAAAGUGUAGCGGACCACUAAGUAGAGCCUAAAAAUAGGACCAAUAGGAGGAUGAAAUCUCUGCGUACUUUUGUCGUCAUAGUGUUUCUAUAGGAGAUUCAAGAUCAAUUUGCAUACUGCAGUAGUCCUUACUUACUUAUAGUGGAUAUUUGAUGAUAGUGGUGAAAUUUUUCAAGGAAUGCCACUAUAUACUAAAUAUGCAAAUUCAUAUCAAAACACUUCCUGGAUGAGUGCAUUUAGAUUUGUAAUUGCCUUUCAUGUGUGCGUGUAAUUGUGGGGCUGUUACGGGAAAAGGAGAGGGACCUUUCAAAAGCUGAUUAGAUGGGGACCAUUUAUUAUGGCUUACAGGGGUGGCUGGUUUUGUGAAAUUAAAUUUACAGAAAAUUUUUUAAGUGAAAAAUAUUUAACCAGUUCAUAAAAAUUUGAAAAGUCUUUAGAGAUUUGCUUUUGGAGGUAUCUGCAUGUUGGUGUUUCUCUCUCUUAGUUAUAAUAUGCUUUUAUAUGUUUUUCUUACAUUUCCAUAAUACUGCUUUAUAUUUCAGUGGAUUUCUUUUUUCAUAUUGUAGUCUGUCCAUGUCAUUUUGUUCCAGCAGCCCCCAUCCAGAUUGUCUUUCGGGCAAAACAUCUUGUGCUUCCGUUGCCUCGUCAACCUUUUUCCAGAUACACAAUUCAUUUGCAUACCUUUGCCUGAGCUGGACUCUUCUAGGUCAACAUUUUCUUACAAUAAAUUACCUAUUUUAAAACCUCAAAUUGAUAUACUCUUUAACCAUAUCUUUUUUCCUUGAGGUUUGAGGGCACUUUCUGGUCAUGUGAUCAAAACGGCUCAAGCUCUCUGGAACGUUCUUGAUGCAUCAAAACUGUCGUCUAUCAUUGAUUAAUCUUGGGAAAUAUAGAUGAGCAUUGCAACAGAUGUGUAUAGAAAAUUCUCUAAUCACAAAUUACAUUAUACUAGAUUCUACAGUUAACUGAAAAUUGCAUAAUAGUGUACAUUACUCCAACUGUUUUGUUUAAAGUUUCUAAAUACAGUAUAAGUAUUUUGUUAUUGGUAAACACAUGAUUUAAUUUUGUUAAAAAAUUUUUUAUUUAAAUUUAUGAAUGUUUUACAUUGUUCAGUUUUAUACAUAAGCCCAUUCAUUUUCCUGUUUAAAGUAUUGCACCACUUAAUUAUAUAGCCUUCCUUUCCACUCCCUGCAUCCCAACCUCCCACACACACAUUCCAUGCAAACCCCACCCCUCUCCACCCCAACAUAACCCAUCCACCCCUCUCCACCCCAACAUAACCCAUCCACCCCUCCCUACUCUAAACCCCCACUAUUACACCCACACCCUCUCAAACACUGCUGCCUCUCUCGAACUCUCUCCCAAACACACUCCCCCCCUUUCCACACAAAUGGCUUAGUGCCUUAUUUUGUAUAAUUACUUCCCCCACACACAUACACAUGCUCAUGUAGUAAUAAACCAGCAAAGUUCUGACAUUGAGAAAUAUCAAAUAAAGUGUUACUGUUGAAAAUAACAUUUUACCAUAACAUUAAAGAUUUUCUAACAUUAAUAACAAUAAAUUUUUAUAAAAGCUCUUUAAAUGUAAAGCAUCAUAAAUUAACUACUGAAAUAUUCAAAAUUAAUUUUACAUUUCUUAAUAAUUUGUACUAACAAAUUCAAGCUUGAGUCUAAACUUUUCUGGUGAUUAACUGAAACCUCAAAACAGUUGUUAAUUUCCAGCUUUUUCUUGGCAAAUAUUUUGCAGGAGAAUCUUUCCUCUGAUUCAGUACCAGUCUCUGCUGUUCACUGCAGAGGUCUUGAAAUUUUAGGUGUGAUUUCUGUUAACUUGUCACUGUUAUUCAUUAUUGGAAUUGUACUAAACAUUUUUAAGGCCUAUUUAAUAUUAAAAGUAAGGCAUAGCAUAAUUGCCUUUAGGUUAAUGACCUAGGAAGAUAACUAAAGAAUAUAGUUUUUAUACACAGCUGCAUACCCAAGGUUGUGGUGCGUGAAGUUCAGUACAGGUAAGUACUGUAGUGCGUGUAUGUUAUAUAAAAUGUGCUUUUACUUAAUUACAUUUAAAUUCUCUAUACAGAGUGCAGUCGUGAUGAAAUUCCAGGCCCGCAGACUCGGAACAUUCAGUCAUAUCAACACUUAUCUUGACAUGUUUACAUUAUUAUAUUUUAGGUGUGGUUUUGAGCAGUCCCCAGAUGCUAGUGGAAUCUGUCUGGUGCACCUUCCUUAUGUAUCUCCUUUUAACCACUUAUUAGAAAUAAUACAAAUAUUUCAAUAAUGAUGCUUUAUGAAUUUAUUGGCUUUACAAGUUGGGUAUGAUUUUGCAUGCAGAUGUAUCACUGUAUAUUUUCCUUAUGAAAUGUUUCAUUAAUAUAUACAGUCAGUACUUAUAAUUUCCAUGAGAUUUUUUUUUCCUUGAGUAUUACUUUAGAUUGUCUAACUUUAUCUGCACAGACUGAAUAAAGUUUAUCUUACAGUU